GCGGGGAAAGACGACGCAAGCAGCCGCGACGCCAUUUGUCGCGGCCCAGCGUGGGUGCAGGCGGAUCUCGGAAGAGCUCGGUUGUUAGACUCUCUCGCGCACGCGAUCCGCCCUCCGCCGCCCCUGCUUAGUGUCACGCUGUCCCACGCGUCGCCCCUCGGAGGAGUCGCCGCCGCCACCCAGAUAGGAGUCGGAGACGCAGCGAGGCCGUCGUCACCGCCAUGCCUAAGAAUAAAGGUAAAGGAGGUAAAAAUAGACGCAGAGGUAAGAAUGAGAAUGAAUCUGAAAAGAGAGAGCUGGUGUUCAAAGAAGAUGGGCAAGAGUAUGCUCAAGUCAUCAAAAUGUUGGGAAAUGGACGAUUAGAAGCGAUGUGUUUUGAUGGUGUAAAGAGGUUAUGUCACAUCAGAGGGAAACUGAGAAAAAAGGUCUGGAUAAAUACCUCAGACAUCAUAUUGGUUGGUCUGCGGGACUACCAGGAUAAUAAAGCUGAUGUAAUUUUAAAAUACAAUGCAGAUGAGGCUAGAAGUCUGAAGGCAUAUGGCGAACUUCCAGAACAUGCUAAAAUCAAUGAAACUGAUACAUUUGGUCCUGGAGAUGAUGAUGAAAUCCAGUUUGAUGACAUUGGAGAUGACGAUGAAGACAUUGAUGAUAUCUAAGUCGAACUCCACCUUUCACAUUCCACUUUCUUUGAGGAUUAUUCAACAAUUUGGAUUUUGGCUGUGACCCAUUAAAGAAGAUUAAAAUUUCAUUAGCAUGAGUGCAAUUUGUUAAAGCAGACUGAUUUGUUUCUAAGGUAUUUCUUUAAAAACUGGUAAUGCUGAAUUCUUUUAAAUGAAAUGUUAAACCCACUUUGUUCUUUUGAUGUGACGGAGCUUGUGGGUAAAAGACCACAUCUGCUCUUCUAAAAGAAAAAAUUACGUUACUGCCUUUCCCACUUUGACCACUUCCAGUAAGUAAAUGGAUGUUUUGAAUUUGCCGUACACACGUUACGAAUUAUAAUUAAGCCCUAGUUUUGACUAGCCUGUUUACUGUACAGUGAAUUUUUGUAUAUUCCAGUUACUUAGGUGAAUGUUCCCUUGAGAUUUUGGUACAAUUUAAUGGAGGCAGAAGUCUGCAUUUGAAGUCAAAAAUGAUUGGUCUGUUUUUCAUAUUUAAGUAGCAUGUGGCUAUUUUUAUACUAAUUUUGAUAUUGUAUACAUUCUUUUCAUGAUCUUAUUUUGCCACUAUAAACAUCAACAAAAAAGGAGGUUUUUAGAACCUGAGUUUUAAUAGCAAUUUUGAAUUUGUAAAGUUGGUAGUUGCAGAAAUCAAACACUAGGUGGCACCCAGUUGUCUUAACAUUGGAGAUACUGAUAUAGUUGUCAACUGUUUUUUUUUUAACUUCCUGUGCAGAGGAAAUUUUCCAAACAACAAAAGAUUGUUUUGAUCAUAUGCAUGUAUGUAGAAUAUUUUUGUAGAACAGAAAGAUUAAUGUUCAAAGUGUCGUUUUAUUUUCAGAAGUCAUAUACGUGUGAGCUACAAUUUUGAGUGCUUUAUAAACACAUAAUUUAUGUGUAAAUGAAAAUUUAAUUUCAUAACAGUUUGUACAAAUUAAGCCUUUGGGAAAGUAUCCCUAAGCUGGGGAAAGAGGAGGCAAUAACAACUUAAUGAAAAGAUGGUCUCCAAUUUCUGAAUGGAAGAACUACAUACAGUGGAGAAAUAUAAUAAAGACAGUACCAUGCUGCA